GUGUCUCAAUCUGUGUCUCUGUGUCUCACCCUGUGUCUCUGUGUCUCACUCUGUGUCUCAAUCUGUGUCUCUGUGUCUCACUCUGUGUCUCACUCUGUGUCUCACUCUGUGUCUCACUCUGUGUCUCACUCUGUGUCUCACUCUGUGUCUCUAUCUCACACACACACAAGCGUGUGUGUUCUGUCUGAGCGUCUCCAGGUUAUGGACGUCUAAAAAUUCAGCUGUCAAUCUACAUUUCCUGCGCAGCUGAAACAGAACACGUGUCGUAAUGGGGAAGCAGAACAGCAAGCUCCGUCCCGAGGUGAUCCAGGACCUGUUGGAGAGCACUGAUUUCACCGAGGAGGAAAUUCAGGAGUGGUAUAAGGGCUUCCUCCGGGACUGUCCCACCGGUGCGCUCACCAUGGAAGAGUUCAAGAAGAUCUAUGGCAACUUCUUUCCGUACGGAGACGCGUCCAAGUUUGCCGAGCACGUCUUCCGAACCUUCGACGCCAACGGAGACGGAACGAUAGACUUCCGAGAGUUCAUCAUCGCGCUGAGCAUCACGUCACGUGGCCAGCUCGACCAGAAGCUCAAGUGGGCCUUCAGCAUGUACGACCUGGACGGCAAUGGCUACAUCAGCAAGGACGAGAUGCUGGAGAUCGUACAGGCCAUCUAUAAGAUGGUGUCGUCUGUGAUGAAGAUGCCGGAGGACGAAUCCACACCAGAGAAGCGAACAGAGAAAAUCUUCCGUCAGAUGGACAAAAACCGUGACGGUAAACUAUCUCUGGAAGAAUUUGUUGAAGGAGCAAAGAACGAUCCAUCCAUUGUGCGGCUCCUGCAGUGUGACCCGAGCAGCGCAGGGCAAUAAGGAGCAGAGCGACGCCUCCUGCUGCACGACUCUAACACUGCAGCUCUCCUUCAUCCUCAACACACAGAGUUACACAUGCACAUCAGUGUGAGCAGAAAUUCCAACAACCAGGAAAUGUCUGCUUAGAGAAACACACACACACACCCAUGGACUCAGUGACUGGAGUAAAUCCCUCUGUUUGGUGCAUACGCACUGUGACAGGAUAUGGCACCUUCACACAGGAAGUGCUGGUAUGAUAUUCACUCUGCUCUGGUCUAUUACACAACGAUGAUAUCUAGGAAGUGUUAAAAAAUCUGAGAAAAUAUAGUAUCGUAGUUCAUUUAGCCAUGACAUUUUCAUUAAGUACAAGUUUGUUUGUUUUUUCAGUAAAACAAAUUCUGUGACUUGUUGACCAAACGCUCGAGCAGCCGCUGGUUUCUCCCCUACAGGUGGAAGCGUUAGGUUCUCUCGAUCACGAACCUCGGAUUAGACACUUAGGUGUGUGGAGAUGUCAGAUUUGAAGGAAAAUGUAUUAAACACAUGUGUGUGUGUGUUAAGUUAAAGCAUGCGACUGCUCGUGCGAUCAUGAAGCAUAAUCGUUGUGAUGAAGUCUGAUAAAAAAAAAAAAAAAACUCUUUCCAAAAACUCAACACUCCAUGUGUGUGUCGCCGUUAUUGUUUAGUACAGUAGGAGAAAUACGAGGCCUCGAGUGCAGUGGUGACUGCAGUAACAUGUGAGUAUGCUAGCCACUUCUCUAACAUUAGCCAACUAGCAUUAACCUAACCGCUUUAGCAGUAUUUAUCACCUUACUUAAGUUUCAUGAAGCUACGACGCGCCACCUAAAGGGUUCUAGCAUUGUAUUCCUGUUACACUGCUUUAAAUCGCCAAGACUGUAAUUUAUUAAGAAUUACAUCAUCACUUACUUUUUAUCUGUUUAGAGUUACUCACAAGAGUAGAGUUCUCACUAUCACAUUACAGCAGCUGUAACCAUUCUGACACCAGAGACUCCUUCCAGAAAUGUUACAUAAACACCUCUGUACAGGAAGCAGAACGCGUCACCGUGAGCUGUUACUAUAGAAAAGCGAAGGUAUUUAGCAGCGCUGUGGUGUAAAGUGGGCAUUGUUUGCUAUUGCUAGUGCUAGUGUUAAAAAGCUCUGCCCGCUUCCUGAACACCGGGAAACCCGUAAGCUUCUUUCUCCUUUUAUGAGAUUUGACGUUCAUCUCAUUGCAGAUGUUUUUAUCUGAGUUAAGCAGGAUCGAUGCGAGAAGCUAACCGCUUUCAUCGUAACACAACGCACGAGUUGUUUGGAAAUAAUGUAAGCCUAGAACAUGCGUGAACAUGUCUAAUCAUGUUUCUGAUACACUGUCAUCAGACUCAUCUGUCUUUUGUCAAAUUUUGUUUUGUUUCGAUUUUGUCUAAUUCAUGUUUGUUCAGAAUAUCAGAAAUGUUUUUUGUACUUGAAUGCAGGGCUGACAGCAAGAUGGAGAUAGUCGGUACAGAGAAUUAUCAUCAUAAAUAAAUAAAUAAAUAAUUGGCUAACAAAAAUAAAUGUUUUAAGCUUACUGUAUAUAUCCACAUCACCUGAUUUGUGCUGGUCUAAUUUUUUUUUGCUAGCAGUUAGCAUUGAGCAACUGACUAGCCUAGCUAACCUCAUUCCUUCAGCUAGCUACAUAAACAGCACAAAGUCAUGUAUCGUGUAAGUGAGCAUCAGCACACGGCUACUUAGCAUCAGUUCAUCAACAUGAUCAGAAUUCUUCAUAUCUGAUGGACGACUCCAGCAGUGCACGCGGACAUUAAGUACUCAAGAAAGAAAAAAAUAUUUAUAUUUAAAUGUAGGAAAUAUUUAUUCUUGUUAUUAAUAUCCGUGGCUUCUGAGAUUGUUCAAUUUUCUUUUUAAUUUGCUGUAAAUGAUGUUGUUUAAUGUCCACUGUAAUGUGAGGCUCGGUUCAUUCAACGUGAAGAAACAUUUUAUGCACAAUAUUAUUUUAUAAAUGUUCCAAAUGAAUUAUAAAUGGAAUUUUACUGAUU